CGACGUUUUAAAAUGGAGGACACGGAAAAUAUUUUCUAGAUUAUACCUUCUCCAUAUACAUGUGCAGUUAUCCAUUGAACAAUACAACAUAGAAUCAUGUAGACUCCAUGAGUUACGAAAACUUUUAAAUUCUCUGAAAACAAUUGCAACCAGAACAUAAAAUGGAAUUCCAAGGAGGAACAGAGUCUGAUAAGACAAUAUUUAACAAGCUUGAAGAGUUUGAUUACGAAAGUCCACAUUUGAAUGCCUUACGUCAAAGACACAAAGAAGAAGUCCAGACAAAAGUCAGGGGAUACUGGAAACUACUCCAGAAUUCAAUUCAUAAUGCGACAAAGUUGGUGACUAAAGCAGAUAUCAAGGAUAUUUUGAUUAGUCACGGUGUGCAUCAUGGACGCAAAUUGAAUCACGUCAAUGAGAUCAAACAAGUUAUUCAGAACCCAAAGACUAAGGAGUUUAUCACCCUAGAUGGCAAGCUGCUGAGGAUGUUCCAUAAGGAUGGGAGAAAGAAAGACAUUAUUGAACCAGAGGAACCAUUUCAAAGAAUGGUGUUUGCCCACAGUGCUGACCUCUAUGUUGGCUGGACUCCAAAUGAUAACCACCUUGUGCUGAUGUCCAACACAUUCAAUGUGCACUCUGUGGCCACAGCUCAAGAGGGCCCUAUAGAUGCAGCUGUGUAUAACAGCUGUAUUAAUGAAGUUGUUACAUCUGGUCCUGGAUACGUAACUUCAUGGGUGUUUCGCUAUGGUAACAGGCACAUUCUUCCAAGAAAAAUCACACGCUAUAGUCUUCCCGAGGGUGAGAGUUUCAACAUUCUUGUCCUGGAGGAAACAGCUAGCAGAGCGCAAAAAUGUUUUGCAGCAAAUGGUACCAACGUAGCGGUGGUCAAUGUGUUCAGUGGGAAGGUACUGGACUACAAGAAAGAGUUACAUGUCAGAAAUAUAACUGCCAUGUUGUUCUUUAACCCUCUCAAAUAUCUUAUCACUGCUUCAAAAGAUGGAUCAAUCAAGGUUUGGAACGACAAGUGGCACCUUCAGUUAGUGUUUGUUGGGCAUGACUACACGGUGACAUCUCUAGCAAUCUACCCAUUUGGGCCAUGUAUCAUGUCUUCUAGUUUAGACAAUACAAUACGGGUCUGGAGUCUGGAGACAUGUGAUGAAGUUGACAUAAUCAAAACAGAAGAUCAUCCUGUUUUUCUCGGGACAAAUAUUCAACAUGAAGUAUUUUUCUCCCUGUCAUCUCAUCACAUAGAUUUGUGGGUAAUUCAGCUGGUACACUCAUUGCAUACCUCUGUAGGAUAUCGUGUGGAGUGCAUUGACCAUACCAACCACCCUUGCUAUCCAAUUAGAUCAGUGAUCCAAUGCCGAGAUUCCAGCGUGAGACUGCUGGCGCCCUCUAGUGGAAAUGUGAUCACAACUCUGCUAAAUGAUCCACGGCGUGGUUUGGUUGAUUGCGCCUAUGCUAUCGCACACGAUGAAAUAUUUGCUGUAUUCAAAAAUGGAGACAUUGUGAAGGCAUCAACACUUACUAAUCCAUGCACUGUUUUAGAGGAGUGGAAGUGCACUGAUCCAAAGGAGAGUUGUAAUUUCUUGCUGGUAUAUGAAUAUGUAUUUGACGAUGCGGAUCUAUGGGGUGCCAUGAAACGUGCGAUCAACACAAAUACGCUGGGAGUUGCCGAUUCCAUGGAUCGUGACACUCCUAAAGAAAAGAAAGCGCCUCAAAAUAUGGACAGAACACUUCUAUUGGGUGGUCGGAAAGAUGGCUAUAUUUGUAAAUUCAACUGGGAUACGGGAAAAGUGGAUUUCAAGAUAGAGGCUCAUGGGUCCAAGGGAGUUCUUAGUAUGGUAGCAAACUCAAAAAUUGACCAGCUUAUAUCUGCAGGAAAAGAUAACAUAAUAAAAGUCUGGAGACUGUACCCAUAUGCUGAAGAAGCACUUGCUCCUUUGAUGUCUUUCUACUGUGCACACACACCUAUACAUAUGACCAUUAUGAAGACAAAACUGUUUGUGGCAUUCCAGGAACAUGCAACAGCUACUUAUAGUGUUGUACUAUACAACCUUACCAACAAAAAUCGCUCGGACCAUUCGCCAGAUGAUGACCACGUUGAUUCUAUAGUUGGCCUUGCGUGCUGUCAACGUAUGAAAUUGUUCUCUUCAGCUAGUACUGAUGGAAGUAUUCGUAUCUGGGAUGAGAGCAACCAUCUAGUCAAGCUUAUUAAGCUGAAUGCAACCCCUCACAGCAUAGGAUUCUGUAGUCAGAAGGGGGACCUCAUUGUAGGCAUAGGCAAACAUCUACAUUAUAUAGACCACAACACAUAUUUACCAAAAGCCUACAAGAAUCGUCAAGUGUCCAUGACAUUUCCUCAUGAGCAGGAGGAGGAGCCAAUACCAUAUGAUGACGCAUUAUUGGAGAAUCUCCGCAAUGAUGACAUUAAACGGCUCAAAGCUUCACAUUCAUCAUUCAAGUUCACCCACUUUGUUGAUAUCUUAACUGAAGAAGAAACUGAAGAAGUUAUGAAGGAAAAGAGACACAAGGAAAAGAUGUUCAAGAUUCUUGAGGAUCGGGACAAUGAACUAAUGCAGAUACGAGAUGGUAAACUUGAAUCAAAAAGAAAACCAAAAAAGACCAAGAAAACGAAGAAUGAAGCAUUCAAUAAGUACAUGAAAAUUUUCUACAACAGACCCGAUCUGAAGGUGCCAAAAGAGGAGGAGUUCCCUGAUGAUGCAUUAGAGCAGUUCAUUCUAGAAAGAGAUGGAGGAACAAAAGUUGAAGAAGAAGCACCAUGGGAGCCAGAACGAGAACCAACGGGAUUCUUUCCACCACCAUCUAGCGCAAUACGAACAGACACAGAACUUCUUGACCAAUCAAAUUUCUUAGAUCCAAGCCGUGGCCCUACAUUUUUAACAGAGCCCAAACAGUCAUUUUUACUACCUGAGUUGCCCAUUAAGGAACAGUCUGAGAGUGCAUCACCAGCGCCACCUAUGACACCAAAGCCUCAAUUUGUUAUCAACCCAAAUGGCUUCAUCCCUAACUCCAUAUUGGUGAAGUUACUAUGGCCAGAGGAGGUAAAAGAAGACUUGGAAACAUCAAGUGAAUACCGACCCCCAAGUCUCACUGCUGAACAAAUGGCGCAAAUUGAAGGACUGAAUAACAAGCAAUUUCAAACCAGAGAAUGGGGAAAGAAUAAACGGAAAGGGACCCAGUCAUCUAUGGAGCGAGUUGGAACUGCAGGAACUGAGGCGAGUGGAGCCUCAAGCAAGUGGGAUGACCAGGCAAAAGUUCUGGAUUAUGCAGAUUCCGAAGCUGAAGAACCAGAAAAUUUGGAACCUCCAAAAUCAGCCUUCUUGGACAAGAUACAAGAUGUAUUGGACCGGCCUCCAACUCCCAAGAGUGAGCCAGAAAGUCCAGUUCCUCAGCCAGUAGACAAAAGUUUGGGAACCAAUACCCCAAGACCUCCACCCUCACCCCCUAAGGCACCCAGGGGACCUGCCAAGAAACCAAUGAAACCAAUCGUGAAGUAUGUAGCAGCUGUACCACCCCCUAGAGAACGAACCCCUACCCCACCCCCUACACCUCUCCCAGAGUUCAUAUCUAAAUGGAUGGGGGAAGAGUGGUUCGAGAAAUACUUUCCCAAUGCCAAUAGCAAUACAAUGCCCAAGCCGUGGACCAUCCAGGCAUUCAUCACAAUGCUAUUACGAUUGGUUCGCAUUGCCAGCUUCAAGCAUAAAUCAGACGUCGUCGAGGCGAUCCUCCGCAUAAACCAAGAUUUUGGUGUGCCUAAUAAUGAUGCAGUUUUACGAACUUUACUGAGUGUACUUAAUCACCACACGCAUCCGCCAACAUGUGCAGUUCCUGAAGAGAAAAUGUUCAUUCUAUCUGCAAUUAAAUGUAUGCAGAGCAUGGGAAUAUUUGAUAAAGACUUCUGUACAGGACUCAUGGUGGAAUAUAUAGAGGGAGAUAAAGAUAUAAGACAAAUUGUUCGAGAUGCAUUUGCAUUCAGCGGACUGAACGACCCUCACGAUCAUUUUGGGAGAGACAUGGACUCAUGGGAUACUUGGAAUGUAUCAGAGGAUAACCGCAAACCUGAAAUUAAAAACAUGUGUGAACUCUGGUUGGAUAAAUGGCUUGCCACAUUUAAGAUCCACCUAGAGGACAGCAUUGAGAGAUUGAAGAAGGGACAGUCUGUACAUGGCAAUGUCAACAAACUGAGAAAAAAUAUGGGGGAUGGGGAAGCAAAAUCUUUGUCAACCAUGACCAUAGACAAAGUGCCAAGUCAUUCAAUGAUACAAAAAGCGACAUUCAUGGACGCUAUAAACUAUUUCUGUGAGAUGGCCCUCCAGAAGGAAAUAGAGCAAAUGUAUAAAGAGCGCAACCAGGACAAGGUUGUUAACUCUAAGAAUACUGUAUUAGUGUUGCCAAAGCUGAGCCUACAUCCUCCAUUAGUAAGACUAGGAGAACUACAUACUAGUAAAUGUAAACCUCAUAGAGAGACUGCAUAUGCCAUUGAUAAAGAUUUUUCACUACCACCUAUAACAAGUCGAGGACACCAACCACCAAAAGGUGUCGUUAGUGGUUUUGCUCCUGCCAUCAAUCUACCAAUGAAGCAGGUCUAUAUCAACCCCUUCCCGAGCCCAGCGGAUGUUUACCUACACCAAGAACCCAUUUUACUGACGUUAAAAUCAUCGCAAAAAUAUUUCAUUCCAGCCCAGUCAUAUAUUAAUGAUUUUGAACAGUUCAUUUAAUCCAAAAGAGCGCAUCCCAAAAAUAAUUUAUCUCACCUUAGUUAUGUGUGAAUUAAGCCUCCUAUAGGCCUAUAUACAAUACAUAGACACAGUUACUCCAUUAGAUGGCGCUUCAUGUUUCUGAGUUAAUUUCCAAAACAGGAUAAAAAACAGAAAAAGUGGAACACCUCUAGGAGUGAACCACCUCCGUUACUCCGUUAGUGGAACACUUUUCAGAGUCCCAGUCAAGCCCAACUGACUUAAUUAAUGAACCUCUAUAAGUGGAACACCUCCCAAGUGGAACACUUUUUAGAGGUACCAAAUAUGUUACUU